AUGGCCCAGGACCGCGGCUCGGAGCCGAACAUCAGCGUUGCCGACGACUCUGAGGACGACUUUUCCGACGAGACUGAAGACGACUGGAACGUCGAGCGACCUCCGCCUUCUGGUCCAGCAUGGGCUCCCCAAGCGCACUUGUAUGCUGUUGCUCACAUGGAUCCCGUCUCCAUGGUCCAGCAUCUCAAUGAUCCGUUCGCCCUGGAGGCGGCGCAACAGCUGGCACUUCGUACCAAAACGUAUCUCAUCUACAUCGACCAUGUAUGCGGUUUCCUCCCCACCUUCUUAUUCGCUUACAUGAACUCGUCCUUCCAGUGCCUCGCUCUACCCUUAGGUGUCGAACGAUGGUUCCUUUUCCAGGUGACUGGGAUCGCGACCACGCCCCCGCCUGCGUGCGAAGCGGAGAACCGCGGCCCAGAAGUCUGCGUGCCUAUCUUUCCCAGCGACACGCACCCUACCGGACGUGCGCCUCUCAGGACCGAACCUACCCCCUUUCCGUUCCCCAACUGCUUUCAUUGGGCACUCGAUGCUAUGUCGGUCCGCGUCUUACCUCGCACCGAGGGCUGGAACGACAGCAAGGCUAUCCGGCUCACUGGUCUCUCGCAAGUCGUGAUGGGAGUUUAUUGGCAGUACGACGAGUUCCGGUGUCGGGACCCGACUCGAGCCUAUAAAAUGCAGGAAAAGCUAGCGCGAUCCGAAAGGGUCCUCGGCAAGAAGCUCCAGGAGUCGGCCUCUUCUCGACCGGGAGAUGAGAAUGAAGACGUUCCUGCAGACUCCGAGGAAGAGCCUGAAGAGGAGAGUGACGAUGAAGAAUGUGAUGUCGACGACACUUGCGACGACCAGAGGAGUGCGGGACGCCACCUUGUAGAGGGUCGCAGUGAGCCAGACGCGAAUCCCGAACACGCCGCCGAAGCCCCCCUCCCUCUUACCGACGUCUUUCUUCCGAAUCUUGAUGAAGAGGAGGAAUACAUGCCAAUUCUGCAAAUGAAGUAUGAGCUGACAGAGUACAUCAGACGAGAAGACAUACCGGAUCCCUCUGGGCUGUAUGCGGAGAGAGACGAAAUCGUGCGAAUAAUCAAGGAGUCGUACGCUCGUAGCUUCGCCGUGUACACCCACGAGCCUGAGACCUCAGAGACGAACCAACCGAAGGCUUCGGAGACGGCCGAGCCUUUGUCUGUCCAGGACGCCGAGUUUGUUUCUCCGGAUCGGGACCGUGCUUCUGCCUCGUGUUCGAACGGCACCUCCUCUGACCACGGCAGCGUUGCCAUCGAGAACAUCGAGUCCCCCACCAUCAAAGACCGUGUGGGCGUCCAGGCGCGUGAGAGCGUAUCGCCUGUAGUGAUGCCAGUGCCGUCGGCAGAGCAAGAACGAUCCGAGAAGCGCUUGCGGAAACUCUGGAGUGUCGCCAAGAAGCGUUUCCGUCGCAUGUUUUCUCGCUUUCGCGUAUGGCCUUAA